AUGCGCAAACUUUCCCCUACCAAGAACAAAUGCUCUAGCUGUCAGCAGUACAUUGGUAGUGACUGUCGGUAUUGCCCGCAUUGCUCGACAAAGAAUGUGAGUUUUGAAGAAGAGAAAAGUAAGUUGCUACGCACAGGUGCUCGAAGUGGCUGGCAGGCUCCUCCGGCCCCAGGUAUUUCUCCAGAAGCUGAAGCAACAGGGAAGGAAAGUCAAGAGCUCAGACAGCUUGAUGACUUGAUGAAGAACCUCCGUCAAAGGAAGCGCAAAAGGGAAGAGACAGGGGAACCGGCAGCGGCAGCGAAGCAGACUGCUCCUGCUCCUGCUGAAGCUGAGCAAGAGGUGCCACCUGCUUCACCAGCUUCUAGUGAUCAGGAAUGGGACCUCGAUACAGUUGAGGGAUGCACUUCUUACUUGGUCUGCCUCUUCAGCAAAUCUCGACGAUCACAAGCUCGACCUGUUGCUGACUUCUACGUCCGUGAGUGCUUGAAACCUCAAGUGAAAAAGAACUGUCCUCUCUACAGAGUCUUCACCAUGGAGUUGAAGAAGCUUGACAAGCUGAAAACUCAGGAGUACCUGAAGACUGAAGAAGUUCUGUGA